AUGAAGAGGAAUAAUCAAAUCAGCUCUGGAUCUUUAUCAGAAUCUAUACAGUAUAUGACCGAUUGGAAGCAUGGAAGAUAUGGAAUAUCUACUGCUAAGCCUUUCGGCCAAAAAUUAUCUCGCGCUGGAUUAAUUGUCUCAAGAAACAAGCUUAGCUUUACAAUUUUAUUAUUAGGAUAUUUGGUUCUUCAAACACUCGGAAAUUCCGCACUUCUUUACGCAAAAUGGAGCAUAGAUAAAGACGUUCCAAAAAAUAAUUUCAUCGUUCUCGUUCAAAUUACUUCUAGCAUACCUAUCAGAAUCCUCCAUUCAUUGUUGAAUCUUGCAGUCCUAUAUAUAGUCAUGUGCGCCAUUAAAAGAAGAGGUCAUGAUUUAGUCCUUUCGGAUGUUCUUCAACUCAAAGAUAUCCUAUCAUUAAAAUUAGUUGCUGUAUGCGUAGUUUACGAUAUCAUGCUUUCUUCUCCAUUAUCUAUCGCUCAGGCGCUUUUUCACAAAGAUUUAGUUUUAUCUCUUAUAUACUUUGCCUUCGGAUUUUUCUUAAAUUGGCUGUUUGGACUAGCCAUAUUCCUUAUUGUUGAGGAUCAAUCGUUAUCUUCAGUUACUGUUUUCGUUUGGAGUGCAUCUGCUGCUUUGUCUGGAUCAACGUUCCUUUCCAUUGCAGCUACUUCACUGUUUUCUCUUUUUGUCACACCUUUUGUUAUUUUGACUCCAAUUCUUUUAGUUUUACAAGUUUUGACAUUUUACGAAACUUUCGGCUUCUUUUCAGCAGCAGAAGUUCACUUGGCUGCAGAAGGAAAUUAA